AUGCCAAAACACAAUCCAAAGGAAUAUAUCAAGGACAACUCUCACAUGUCCUACAUUCAGGAUCAAGAGAGAAACAAUCCGAAUAUUCACAGAUAUACAGAAAUGAUGUAUUAUGAUUAUUCCUAUUUUUUGGAUGUUAUCCGAAGGGCUGUUCCUGUUGCAUUGAUUCUCUAUUCGGAGGAGGAAAGGAAAUUUAUAUUUCAUACAAGUUUGAGAGAAGUUUGUCCGAGGAAUAGUUUUCCUAGGUAUAUUCUUGUUCAUUUGCAAGAGACUGAGGAUUAUAGAAGUCGUUCUAGAUUCGGUUUGAUUCGGUUAGGAAAAUUGGGAAGUAUUUUGGAUAAAUCAAAGUGUGUUCCAUUGAAAAUAAUGGAAAAUGUUAAUGGAGAGAUGGUGAGAAGAGAUGAUUCGUAUUAUGAAGGAGAACCUGUUAUUUCAAUUCAAGAAUGUUCUAAUUCUACUUGUUUAGAAUUGGUUUAUUCUGAUUUUUAUUGGUUAAUGAGGUUGAAGAUUGAAUUGUGUCAGGAAGAUAUUGAAAAUACUAUGAUUCAUUCUAAACAAAUUGGAGAUACUUUAAUUAGUGCUCAUAUUCCCUAUAAUGGCAAUACAGCAUUUGAAUCAACAUCAAUCUCACCACAAAUUAACAGAAAUGGUAGAACAAAUAUUUUGUAUAAUAGUCAGUUUAGAUAUAAUCCAUAUGGAUUACAAUCUAACAUUUGCUUUUUCCAAUAUGAGAAUGAGGUGCAAACAAUUACUGACACCAUUGAAGCUAAGGGUUGUGUAAGUGGACAAUCCAGCUUGUUGGUCAAUCAGAAUAGUAAUGACAUCUUUAUAAUGAAUUAUGGUGGGAAAAAGCAUGGAUUUUACAAAGUAACACCAUCAACAAAGAUGGAAUUUUCAGAUUCAAUAAUUCCUCAUCAAAUUGACCAAGUUCCAUUCGAAAAUUAUGAUCAAUUCAUGCCAUAUGAUGAGAAUAAUUCAGUCAUUACAUGUCCAUUAACAGACACCAAAUAUUUGAUAUUCAUUUCGACGAAUACUCAACAAAGAACCACCACUUACCAAACUUUAUUCACUAAGAGAAUCAUAUGGUUACUAGUUGAUUUGAAUGAAAGAAGAGUUAAAAGAGUUUAUCCAAGAGUUUAUGAUUUGGCCAACCUGACCAGUAAAUCUGAUGAUUUUAUUACAGUUAAGAAAAAGGUUAGAAGAGGUAGAAUUGGAAAUGAUACUGUAUUUCCAGAUGGUGAUUUGAAUGGAGGUUAUAGUGACCCAGCACUGCUCAGUGAAAUCAAACCAUCAAAUAUUCAUUCAAGUGACUUGAAAGAUUAUGCAAAUGGUUCCUCUUCUCUUUUUGAACCAUUGAUUGACCAAAAACCAACCUCACUAAUUCCAUACCCAGAAAAGUGCAAAUUAGCCAAUACCAAGCUUUUCUCAUUUAGACCAUUUCCAGAAAAUCCAGAACUAUUUCAAGUUCAUUUCUGCUUUCCAGAAACUCAUGUAAUUCUCAAUUAUUUAUUAUCAACAGUAGAAAAGAUCCACACACAUGGACAAAGCUUUAGAUUUUACUUUAAAUUUAGAGAUGAAGCCACCAAAUAUGCUAAGUUAUUGAUAUUAUCAAAGGAAAGACAAUUCUCUGAUAUUUCAAUAAAAACUCACUAA